AUGAAAUCUUAUCUCUUCACAGGGGCCUCUAAUGUACCAAUAGUUUAUAGCAAAUGUAAUUGUGGAUCAUCAUGGACAUGUACACAAUCAUCACAAGGUAUGAUGACGGGUUGUUAUCCACUUGAAUCUCUUCUUCAAACAACACUUCGAUGUUUUUAUAAUCAAAGCUGUAUUGAUUCGACACAGAAAUUUACACAACUGAAUAUUUCAUCUCUUAAAAUAAGUCAAUAUCGAAUGAGUACAACUAUUCAAUCAAUUUUAAAUAAUCUAAUGGUUGCAGAAUAUAUAAUUAAUAAAUCUUAUGAAAACUAUUUUAAUCAAUGUGCACUAUCAUCAUGUUCAUAUAAUUAUAUGAAAAAUUAUCAAGUUACUGAAGGAAUAAUAAAUAUCAUUAGUCUCUAUAGCGGAUUAAUGAUGUUGAUUGUGCGAUCGCUUAUUAUCUUAUUAGUAGGUUUUAGUACUAUUUUACAAGGUGUUCAUUUUCGUGGUGGUACAAUAACAUGGCGUCCUCUGAAUAAUACUCCAUCCGGUAGUACAGUUGCCGUUCAAAUACGUGAACGAUAUUCAUGGAAUCGUAUAACGUAUCCCUGUGAUGAUGCGACCAUAGCUUUACAUGGUACUCUCGGAGGUGGCACUUAUGUCACUUAUGUAUCUGGUACAAGUGGUUUUUGGACUAAUAUGAAUACAGCAAUAAACUGUACGGAUUAUAGUGUUGCACUUAUUGUUAGUUCUGGUGAACAUUAUGAAACGCAAACAUUUCCAUUAAAUAUCUUUUUUAGUAUUGGUUUUGUAAAUGGUAAUUGGCUUACAAAUCUUGUUGUUGGUGGUAACAAUCAAGGAUGGAGUGUUGUCUGUCGAGUCAACACUGUUAUUAGACCCGAUGGUUACAUAAAUUCUAGUCCUAUCGCUGUCAGUCUUCCUAUUGUUUACAAAGAAAUUAAUAUUCAACAAGUACAUGUUGUUCAAAUGUCUGACUUUGAUGGAACUGAUACACUGCGAUGCCGAUGGGCAAAUAAAUCAGGUAAUUUUAACGGUGCUGAUGAAUGUGAUGGUGUAUGUUAUGGUAUUCCUGGUGCUAGUCUUAUUGAGGAUAAUUGCACACUUGUGUUUACCCUUACAAAUGCUGGAGUGUAUG